AUGAGGGUUCCUAUUGCUGUGCAGCUUGCGCUGCUGGUGUUGUUGACUGCGGUCUCGGGGGUCGCAGUGCUAGCCAUCGCAACGUGGUUUACCACCUACAACUUUGUAGUGGACGUCGAAUCCCAGGGCCUCGAACUCGUUGCGACCACCAAGGCCAGUCAGAUUGCUUCGAAUUUGGACCUUCUCGAAACAACUUGCAAGUCCAUCGCCACACGAAUUCUGAUUCAAUCGGCCUUGAAACGCUACUAUGCGGGAAAUAAGUCCGACGAAAAUUGGACAAACCCACGAGCUGAUGUGCAAUCUGCCCUAGGUAGUCGUGGAUACUUGGACCUUUACCAGGCCAUCAUAUAUUCAAAGAACGGUAAAGGAGGAGAGCAGACCUUAUUAAACCAGACCAGUGACAGUGUUCCGGAUAUCACUCUUCCAUAUACCUACUCGAACGGGACUUCUGUGCAAUUGGGAAAUGAUGGACUGGGCUACCCCCCUUCCCUGUAUCCAAAUCUGACUUACGUUGGCGGGUCAGGCGACAACGACUCGACGAUCGUCUAUCCUUUCUCGGAUUAUACCCUCGAAUUGGACUCGGCACUGCUUCUUGGUCCAUUAAAAGUCAACAACUCCUUCUCUCUCCUGUCAUUGACUUUGCCGAUUGUCAACAACACUUCGGAUACGGAAAUCUUGGGCUUCAUGACUAUUGUCGCUAGUGCCGCGAAUCUACAGGGUGUUGUUAGCUCGCGAGAUGGGCUAGGAAACACCGGCCAGGUCCUCCUCAUUGGACCUUCACGAAAAGCAAACACCUUCGCUCCCAGUGAGCAGCCCGCAACAGCCACAUCUGCAGCUAGUGCUGCCGCUCUUGAUGGAGCGCAGGUUCACUACAUUUUCGAGCCUACCCCUUUGCCCACUCAGGCUAGCCGGCACAGUGGUAUGUCGACCGAUACGCCGUUUGCCCUUUCUACGUACCCGAUAGCACUCCAAGUCAUGUUGCAACCAUACAUAGACGUGAGCAAAGCCAUUAGUAACCUGUCAACUCGAAACGAGCGAAGGGCGAAUGUUGCCGUGGGCGCAGUCCGUCCUCAAAACACUCUUGUCCAAUGGGUUCUCCUCAUAGAAGAGACUCACUCGGAAGCAUUUGCGCCAGUUGCUCGAUUACGGAAGAUUAUUCUUGCGUGCGUUUUUGGCACAGCGGGUGCCAUUAUACUCGUGGUCCCUCUUCUGACCCAUUGGGCUGUUGCUCCUAUCCGAAGACUGCGCGCGGCGGCCCGGAAAUCGGUCGAGCCCAAGAUUACACCACAUAAUCCCGCCCCGGAGCCACAACAAAUUGAAUUUGAAGCCGACAGUGAACAGGGAAAUACAAUCGGGCGAGCUGUGGAACACAUGAAUGAGAAAGCCCCCCCUAGCAUGUGGGUGAACCGCCUGCGACGUCCCUUGAUGAGAUUCAACAGUUCCGCAAGCAUCGGCAACCCAAAACAUUCCCGAGGCUUUCAGAUACCGGCCAGGGUUAAAGAAAGAAGACAUUGUGUAACGGACGAGCUCACGGAGUUGACUAAAACGUACAACGAGAUGUCGGACGAGCUCACAAUCCAGUACAAUCGGCUGGAAGAGCGAGUGGCCGAGCGCACUAGAGAGCUUGAAAAGGCCAAACUGGCCGCGGAAACUGCCAACGAGAGCAAAACCUUGUUCAUUGCCAACAUAUCUCAUGAGCUCAAAACACCCCUUAAUGGAAUCCUCGGCAUGUGUGCCGUGUGUAUGGGUGAGGAGGACCUGUCUCGGAUUAAAAAGUCGCUUCAGGUGGUCUAUCAGUCAGGCGACCUUCUUUUGCACCUCUUGAACGAUUUGCUCACAUUUAGUAAGAAUCAAAUUGACCAGGCUAUCCAGAUCGAGGAAAAAGAGUUCAAGCUGUCUGAUGUUCGCUCGCAACUGGCUAUCAUCUUCCAAAAUCAAGUUCAUGAGAAGCAGAUUGACUUUAGCGUCAACUUUGUUUCUGGUGGAGUGGCCGAGCCAAAAGGCGUUAUAUGCCGCGAGAGCGAAUUAGAACAGACCCAUUCAGGUUUCGGUUCAACACAGCCUGGCAGGCUGGCAGACAUGGUCCUUUGGGGUGACCAACAUCGAAUCCUCCAGGUACUAAUCAAUUUGGUCAGCAACAGUCUCAAGUUUACACCCGAGAAUGGGAAAGUAGAAGUUCGCAUCCGCCUUGUAAAUGAAACUUCAAGACUUGAAACCCAUAUGUCUCUGAAUGAAACGGCUCGACGCAGCUCACAAAUACGGUCCCAGACCGACUCAAGUAUCAACUCGCCGAUACAUGGUGUUGUCAAUGUGGCCGAGGGUCAAACCAAAGGACAGAGAGUGUCACAGUCUAAUCUUCGCCAGCUUAGCUUUCAAUUUGAAGUUCAAGACAACGGGCCAGGCAUUCCUGGCCAUCUCCACCGCCGUAUCUUUGAUCCUUUCGUUCAAGGCGACCUAGGGUUGAACCGGAAAUAUGGGGGAACUGGUUUGGGUCUCAGCAUUUGUGCUCAGUUAUCCCGCAUUAUGGGAGGUGACAUUCUGCUAGAUAGCGAAGAAGGCAAAGGGUCUCUUUUUACUUUGAGAAUCCCCUUGGGGACACCAAGUGUCCUGUCCUUGGAAGAAUUUUCCAACGCCGCGCGAACACCCUCAAAUCAUGGGUCAGUGAGGAGCGAACCCCCUGCGCCUGGAUUCGAGAAGUCAGAAAUCCAACCACGUUUGGUCGGAUUGAGUCAGCCAUUUUUCGCACCCACUGUUCCAUCGCCUCCUGCAUCAGUACCCAGCAAUUUGCCACCUAAUAAAAGCACAUCCGACAAGGGCGAUGGCUUAAAGCGGAUACGUGUGUUGGUUGCCGAAGAUAACACUGUCAACCAGGAAGUAGUUCGACGGAUGCUGGCGUUGGAGGAGGUUUACGAUGUGAUAAUCGUGAAAGACGGCCAGGAGGCAUAUGAUACCGUGAAAUCGAAUAUGGAGAAGGGAGAUGUGUUUGACCUAAUUUUUAUGGAUAUCCAAAUGCCGAUUCUCGAUGGUCUCGAGAGCACCCGACUUAUACGGCAGAUGGGAUACUCUGCACCAAUCGUCGCAUUAAGUGCUUUUGCAGAAGAAAGCAAUAUCAAGGACUGCAUGGAUUGCGGAAUGGAUAUGUUUAUAAGUAAACCUAUUCGAAGGCCUGCGUUGAAGCAAGUCCUUAGCAAAUUUUCCACCAUCAUUGAGGAAACGGAACUGGGCUCCUAA